AUGGAGAAAGCCUUCAGUUCUUUUCUCUUAAUAGUACUCUUGCUGCUUCUCUAUGUUAUGGCUAGUUCACCCAUGACCAAAACCAACAUUACCACUGAUCAAUUGGCUCUUCUCUAUUUGAAAUCCCAAAUCAUUUCAGACCCUUCUCACUUCUUGGAUGAAAGUGUGUCUCCCGCUAUUUCUGUUUGCCAUUCGGUGGGAGUCACUUGUGGUUCUCGCCACCAGCGAGUGAAGUCCUUAAAUCUUUCUAACAUCGCUCUUAUAGGCAGGAUUCCCCGUAAAUUUGGGAAUCUCUCAUUUCUUGUUUCUCUUGACUUGGGAAUCAACAAUUUCCAUGGAAAUUUGCCUCAAGAAAUGACACGCUUGCGUUGGCUUAAGUUUCUUGAUUUAAGUGUCAAUAACUUCAGAGGGAAGGUUCCCUCUUGGUUUGGAUUCUUACACCAUCUUCAAGUUCUAAAUCUUGUAAAUAAUAGUUUCACUGGUUCCAUCCCUUAUUCUUUUUUUAAUAUGUCCACACUUGAGACUUUAAAUCUGAACUUCAACUCCAUAGAUGGUAAAAUCCCAAAAGUGAUUGGAAGUCUUAUAAACCUUAGAGAAUUAAGGUUGCGAGUCCUUGCAUUUACUGGCAAUAGCCUAUCAGGAAGUCUUCCCAAUGGUUUAUUCAAUGGUCUACCAAUACUCAAAGGGCUUUAUCUGUCUUCUAACAAGCUUCAUGGUCAUAUGCCUACAAGCUUGUCAAAUUGUUCACAACUUCAAGUAUUGUCUUUAUCGGAAAAUGAGUUUGAUGGACCAAUACAUAGUGAAAUUGGAAGAUUGAGUAACUUGCAGAUAUUGUAUCUGGGAACGAACCAUUUCACUGGUAUAAUUCCACAAGAAAUUGGAAAUCUUGUUAAUUUGGUAGAGUUAGCCAUGGAGGAUAAUAAGAUUACUGGCUCUGUCCCGAUCUCCAUAUUCAAUAUCUCAUCGCUGCAAGUUUUGUCAGCGUGGUAG